UCGAGUUCGAACUCGUAGCUCAAUAAACUCGUCUCAUGAGCUGAUUCAAAAGUCGAGUUAGAGUCAGUUCGGCUCACUUACACCCCUAAUGAGCAGAAAUUAUUCUAUGCGGGGAUCCGGCGAGAACCGUCCGAAUUUGUUGGGCUUUAGCUUUCCUUUUUCAGACUUUUGGAAUACUCAGCAAAAUGACAGCUAAUAUGCAAUCAUGAAUGCAUAUUUGCAGCUCUUUUGCUGUGGCAAAUAUACCUUCAUUAUUGCAUAUUAGCUGUCUUUAGCUGAGCAUUUAUAAAAGCGUAAUAAAAGAAUAUAGCAAAUUUGGACGAUUCUCACCGUCCGAUUUCCUCACAGAAUAAUUUCUAUCUAAUGAGCAACAUCCAAUUAUAUUAAUAUAUUUAUCUUUUCUCCUCAUGCAGCAAUUCGUUCUACAAAGAUUUGAGAUUGAGAAGCCCUCAGAACAGUGAAAACGUUUCGGACCGGUCACCCUGUACAUAUUUUCCUCGCCCCCUGCUUUAUAUUCGUCAUGGAUCAUGCAUUCCUGGCGGCACCGCCUCCUCUACCGCCACUUCGCUUCCUCUCUCCUUCCGUCGUCUUCCUCCAAACCCCUCCACUCCGUCUCUUUUCUCUUCUUUGACCCUGAACAGGUCUCCACCUCUUGCUCUUCUUCCGAUCUCUCAUCAAUAUCAUCCCUUCUCUUCUCUGCCCCAUCCCUCUCCGCCACUACCCAAAUCCACGCUCACCUCACUAAAUCCGGUUUCCUCUUCUCCAUCCACACCCUUCGCCACCAUCUCAUCUCCUUGUAUUCAUUCUGGCGCUUCCCUUCGUACGCCUUCAAAUUGUUCGACGAAAUUCCCCAACCAGGCGUGAUAUCAUGGUCCUUCCUCAUCUCUGCUUACACCCGCAACGGUCAAUGGCGGGAAUCUCUGCUUUCUUUCUCCAAGAUGCGAUCUUCCGGCGUUGGUUGCAAUGAGUUCACUCUUCCAUCUGUUCUCAAGGCCUGCUCGGCCUUAUCGGAUUUCAGUACCAGCAUUCAAGUUCACGCCAUUGCAAUUCUGACCGGAUUUGAAUCCGACCCAUUUGUGGCAAACACUCUUAUAAUGUUUUACGCUGAUUUCGGCGAGAUCUUGGACUGUCAGAAGCUGUUUGAUGCUAUUUCUGGCCGAAAUGUGGUAUCUUGGAACGCAUUAUUUGCUGCUUAUGUGAAGAACGACCAGUGCGAGAAGGCUGUUGAGUUUUUCAGGAAAAUGUUGGUGACUGGAACAAGGCCAAAUGAAUAUGGGUUUUCUAUUAUCUUAAAUGCCUGCACGGGCUUGCAGAAUUUAGAUUGUGGGAGGAUUGUUCAUGGUUUUCUUACUCGGCUUGCUUACGAAUCCGACCGAUUCACUGCUAAUGCACUUCUGGAUUUGUAUGCAAAAGUAGGUGAUACUGAGUCUGCCGCCCUGGUUUUUGAAGAGAUAUCUCAGCCUGAUUUAAUUUCAUGGAAUGCUUUCAUAUCAGGUUGUGUUCUACAGGGGAAGGACACUCUAGCUGUGGAACUGUUUUAUAGAAUGAAAGAAUCAGGAAUGCUAGCUAAUGAAUUUACUCUAUCCAGUGUCCUGAAGGCUUGUGCUGGGACUAGUAUGUUGGAUUUGGGUCAGCAGAUACAGGCUUAUAUGAUCAAAUCUGGCAGUGAUUCCGAUAUCUUUGUCGGUGUCGGUCUUGUAGAUUUGUAUGCAAAGUGUGGGCAGAGCGAAGACUCAUUGAAGGUCUUCAAUUUGAUGCCAGUGCGCGAUUUGGUUGCAUGGAACGCCGUUAUCUCUGGUUACUCUCACAACGGUAAUGACGCCCAAGCGCUGUCACUUUUUUCGACGAUGAGAAAGGAUGGACUUGAAUUUAACAGAACCACUCUAACUGCAGUUCUUAAAUCUGUUGCUAAUUCACAGGCAUCUAAAGCUUGUAAACAAGCUCAUACUCUUGCCAUGAAAGCCGGGCUUCUCUUGGACAAUCAUGUUGUAAAUGGCCUUGUUGAUGCUUAUGGAAAGUGUGGCUACUUAGAAGAUGCAGGAAAAGCCUUCCAGGAAUGUCCAUUUGGCGAUAUAGUCUCCUUCACAUCAAUGAUAACCGCUCUUUCUCAAAGUGGACAGGGUGAGGAAGCCAUGAAACUCUUCUGCGGGAUGCUCGAAAUGGAUCUAAAGCCGGAUUCAUUUGUAUGCAGCAGCCUUCUUAACUCUUGUGCAAUCCUAUCUGCCUCUGAGCAAGGCAAGCAGAUUCAUACUCAUGUGGUUAAGAUGGGUUUCAUGCUUGAUAAUUUUGCUGGUAACGCGCUUGUAAACAUGUAUGCCAAGUGUGGAAGCAUAGAGGAUGCAGCCUUGGCCUUCUUUGAGAUUCCUGAAAGGGGAAUUGUGUCAUGGUCUGCAAUGAUUGGAGGUCUGGCACAGCAUGGUCAUGGAAAGAAGGCCUUAGACUUCUUCUAUGGAAUGCUCAAUGAGGGUGUGCCUCCAAAUCACAUAACACUAACAAGUGUUCUCUGUGCUUGCAAUUAUGCUGGUUUGGUUACUGAGGCUGAGAAAUAUUUUAACUCGAUGGAGGAGAUGUUCGGCAUCGAACGAACCCUCGAACACUAUGCAUGCAUGGUUGAUAUUCUUGGUCGUGCUGGUAGAUUGAGUUCGGCGAUGGGGCUUGUUGAAAGCAUGCCAUUUGAAGCAAAUGCUGCGAUUUGGGGCGCACUGCUUGGUGCUUCCAGAGUUCAUAAUAAUGUUGAAAUAGGAGUAAAAGCAGCUAAUAUGCUCCUCAUUCUUGAGCCAGAGAAGUCUGGAACACAUGUGAUCCUUGCCAAUAUUUAUGCAUCUAAUGGUAUGUGGAAAGAAGUUGCUAGAAUGAGAAAAUUGAUGAAAGAAACCAUGGUGAAAAAGGAGCCCGGGGUGAGUUGGAUUGAAGUGAAAGAUAAAGUCCACAUCUUUUUUGUGGGUGAUAGAAGCCAUGAGAGGAGCAAAGAGAUAUAUGCAAAGCUGGAAGAGUUGGGUGAUUUGAUGAACAAAGCUGGGUAUGUUCCUAUGGUGGAAACUGACCUCCAUCAUGUGGAAAUGUGGGAGAAGGAGAUUCUUCUUCUACAGCAUAGUGAGAAGCUUGCAGUUGCCUUUGGGCUAAUAAGCACUCCAGCGAGUGCCCCAAUCAGAAUUAUGAAGAACCUUCGGGUUUGUAGAGAUUGCCAUGAGGCAUUCAAGUUUAUCUGUAAGAUUACUAUGAGGAAAAUAAUUGUUAGGGACAUCAACAGGUUCCAUCAUUUUGAAGAUGGAUCAUGCUCUUGUGGGGAUUACUGGUGAUAAUACUAUUUGAUCUUGUUUUUAGAGCCUAGAAGAUAUCAGCAUUGGUUUGAUACUAAUUUCCAUGGAUUUUUUUAAUAGAAAAAACACAAUCUUUCUGAUCAAUGGUAAAUUUUUAGGAUUUUAUUCUUUGUUCUCCACAGUAGAUUUUGUUGAACAUCUUGAAGGCUUUU